AUAACUUCCUACUGUGAUUGCAGAAAUGUACGAUAUUAACUUUCAGAGCAUCACAAGUAUAAACAGCAUAAUCGGAAUCUGUUAAACUGAGUGUCGCGCACUGUGGUGCGCAUGCGUAAGGAGUGCCAUGAAGGUAAAGGUGAUCUCCAUCCUGGAAGACAACUACAUGUACCUGGUGAUAGAGGAACAGAGUAAACAGGCCAUAGCUGUGGAUCCAGCUGUACCACACCGGCUGCUGGAAAUAGUGAAGAGAGAGGGCUUGUCUCUGACGGCUGUUCUCACCACACACCAUCACUGGGACCACGCUCGGGGGAAUGAGGCUCUGCUGAAGGAGGUUCCUGGGUUGAGGGUGUACGGGGGAGACGAUCGGAUCGGAGGUCUGACUGAUAAAGUCACCAGUGCUCAGGAACUUAAGUUUAACUCCAUCAAUGUGAGGUGCCUGUUUACUCCCUGCCAUACCUCUGGUCACAUGUGCUACUUUGUUUGGGAGGAUGAGUGCACUGACGCCCCUGCUGUGUUCACAGGGGAUACGCUUUUCAUCGGUGGUUGUGGGCGGUUUCUUGAGGGGACGGCAGAGCAGAUGUACCACAAUCUCACCCAGGUGCUGGGCUCCCUACCUCAAGACACGAAGGUGUUCUGUGGACACGAGUACACCAUUAAGAACCUGAAGUUUGCCAUGCUGGUGGAGCCGGAGAACGAGAAGGUUAAAGAGAUGCUGAGCUGGGCCAGGGCCAGAGAUGAUGAUGACAAACCCACAGUGCCAUCUACCCUAAUGGAGGAGUUUGAAUACAACCCUUUUCUUCGCCUCUCGGAGGAAGGAGUGCAAAAGUUCACAGGGAAGACCGACCCUAUAGAAGUGCUGAGAGUCUUGCGGAAGGAGAAGGACAAAUUUAAGAAGCCCAAGGAGAGACUUCCUCCCCACGCCAUGUUGGCUUUGGAGUGGGGGCUUCUCAGACCCUGAGAUCCAGUUUCAGAGCUUUGAACGUUUGACAUACUCAACUAUCAAGUUGGAGUAGUUUGAAUUACUGAAUGCAGCAAGACACAAGACUGUACAGUGUGGUGUUUGUUGCUAUUACCCUAAAUUCAUACUGCUGUAUGUUGAUCCUCAUGGGGCAUGUGUAUUGUUUUAGUUAUUAUAAAACCAUGUCUGCACAAAAAUGCCAGUAUAAAGCUGCUUCCCUUAAAUAUUUCUACAAACUAAAUUAAUUUGAAGGCGCGUCUCCCAGCCUGUUAUGCACAAACUAACUGUAACAUCUGCUAAUGCUAAUUUCCACUGAAACACUGAUGAGAUUAAACUAUGGUUUUAUGUAUUUAUUGCUUUAAAUAGAGAAAAAUAAGCGUAAUUUCUUUGACUUGUUUUCGAACGUUUCAUUUCCUUGAUAUGUACUUUUGCUCUGAUACAAUUAUUUCCUGUCUGGUAACCUUGCCACUGCUUCCUCAUUUAACAUUUUGACUAAUUUCAGUAUGGACAUACUGUGUAUAUUCCCCAGCCGCUCUUUUACUUACUUAUGCAUUUGAAAGCUAGAGAAUGAAAUUACCAUCAAAUACAAUUAAAGUGAAGUUCUCUGUCAUUUAGACAGUAUUUAGGACAGGUACCUGAUAUGUUAUAAACUGCACCACAAGGGCAGCGAAAGAUGCAGUGUACAUUAUUAAGAAUGUGAAUUGCUGCUUUUCAUGCCGGAGUCACGCCCUCACUUUGCCAGAACAUGUAACUACAUCAGAGUCAAGAUUAUUCAAUAAAACACAUCAGUCUGAGACUAUAUACU